AUGCAAGACCUGCGGCAGCUAGGGGGGGCGCCUGGCCACGGGCAUCCUUUCCUCGGUCCUGGGAGUCACCUCGAAGGGGGAGCAGGUGAGCUUUCCGUCCAUGAGGCCCCCGGGACACUGAGCAAUGGCAGGCUGGAAGGGACGAGGCUCCACUGGGACCGGCCUCGGCUGGACAGGCUCCCCAGGCCCAGCGAGGGCUCCUCUGCCUGCACCGGCAGCUGUCCCGACCCAGGGGAGCACAGCAGUACCUGGGGGGAGUUUGAAUGCUUUCGGGAAUCUUCAGCCAAGGCUGAGCAGUUCUCUCAGCCCCACGGACUCCUGGAGGGGUCCCCAGAUCCUCCACUGCCCAGAGCUGCUUCUGACCAGGAGAAGCGUGGUUCUCUCCGGCCUCCCCAGGGCGGACCUGACCAGACGGGCAACGCUGCUGUCACACCGUCUGAGCCCAUUCUCAGCUACGAGAAAAUUUUUAAGUUUGCGUUUCAAGAAAUACCCGUGCAGCCAGCCCGUGAAGAUGUUUCCACCUUAGACCGUUGUUUAGAAAUGAGCAGUGAAGAGACAGCUGGCCUUGGACCCACACAUGAGCCAUUCUGCCCCGAGUCUAGAAAACUCUGGCGAGCUCUUCAGAACACCCCCAACUUGUCCACUUCACGAGGCCUCUGGAACGAGUCUCGCUGCCGGGAGAACUUCUUUCUUGUUCUCGGAAUAGACGCUGCUCAGAAGAGACUCUUGGGGGGCGGGGGCCCUGGCUUGGAAGUCCCUGCCCUUACGGAACCCGAGGAGCCCCUGGAUGGCAGCAGCCGCCGUUGGAACCCCUGCAGUGCCCUGAUUCAGACCAGGCUCUCCGGGAGCCCCAGCGGCAGACAGGGGGGCCUGAGCGCAUACAGCCUUUUUCUGAAGAAAAGCCCUGUCCCUGGACACGCACGGUACCUCACAAUGCCGAGGGGAAAGAGGCUGUUCACGCCACGCAGCCUCGCGAGGAUGCUAUUCAAGAGCGACGUGUGCUGAGCACAGAAGGGCUUCAUGUCUCCUGAGGACCAUUACAAAGCCACGUCAGCAUCCCAGGGUACCAGGCCCAUGGGU